UAACUAAUAUUCUCUAACAGUUUCAAAAUAUUUUUUAUGGCCUAAUCUUAAUAACUGUAUAGAAGUAGUUAAUAUAUUCGUUUGCGCUUUUAAUGAAAUGAUACACAACGGCGAGUCGGAUCCGACUUGUGUAACAGAAUUACUAAAGAAUUCUGUCACUAAACCACAACAAUGUGAAACAUAUAUUACCGAGUUCAAAAAAGAAAUGUGGUAUGCGUCAUAUUUUAAGAGUAAUUGGUAUUUUGUGUGUGAAAAUCCGAUGACUAUAACAAUAGUUUGUAAUAAGCAAAAUAUAAACUUUAAAAUUAAAAUUAAAAAUUCUGGAAAGUUAUACAUGAAAUCUGGAUGUUUAGCUUUCACUACGAAAGGUGUCCUUAGAACAGAACAAUCGUUAGAAUCAUCAACUUCUGUUAUUUUACCAAUAGAAUUAUCUCUUUUAAAUGAUUCUUGUUGUAAUAUGCCAAUUAAUCAAUCAUACCCGAAACCAAUUCACUUAAAUGAAAUAAAAAAUCUCAAAUUUUAUAUAGACGUUUUUAAUCGAAUAAACGUACAACUAGAUCAACAGGAAAAAUUGAUAACCUUCCUUACUAUAGAAAAGACAUAUGAAUUCGUUUCUGAAAAUAAAUACUUAGUUUUAUUAAUAUUUGCAAUAUUAAUAUAUUGUAUUUUUAUGUAUUUUAAAAAUAAAAAUAAAAAGUUAUCCAUAGAAAAUAAUAUAAUAGAGCUCGGAUAUCGUCCCUGUGCUACACAAAAAUAAUUAAUCAGUUUAAUGAAUUAUUGUUUAUUAGUUGUAAUUCGAUACUCGGUUUUUUUUU